GGCAAGUGGCUCCUGGACGAACGCAGCGCUGCUGGGCCUGCCGACGUAGUUGCGCAACUUGGAAACGUCCAGUGCGAAGUGCUCACGUGGGACUAGCUCAUUUCAAUGGUUUAGAGGUCCUCAGAACCAUGCGAGAGCCAAGCUACCUCUCUCCCGGCUGAUCAGGAAGCCUCCAGCACAACGUGAGCAAGAUGGAAAGGAAGAAGAAAGUGGCCUACUUCUAUGAUAGCGAAUUCGGUGAGAUGUACUAUGGGGCCAACCACCCCAUGAAACCGCACCGGCUGUGCAUGACACACCACCUCGUGCUUGCCUAUGAUCUGCACAAACGGCUGGAGGUCUAUCGGCCGCGCAUGGCAUACCCGAUGGAGCUGAUGCAGUUCCACAGCGAGGACUAUGUGAACUUCCUCGCGAGGGUGACCCCAGACAACCAGGAGGAGAUGCAUCAGCAGCUUGUGCAGUUCAACCUGGGCGAGGACUGCCCGGUGUUCGACGGGCUGUACGACUUCUGCCGGCGCUAUGCUGGUGCGAGUGUGGAGGGCGCUGUGAAGCUAAACCAAGAGCUGGCAGACAUCGCCAUCAACUGGAGCGGCGGACUGCACCACGCCAAGAAGGCCGAGGCUUCAGGGUUCUGCUACGUGAAUGACCUGGUGCUGGGCAUUUUGGAGCUGCUGAAAUACCAUGCGCGCGUGCUGUACGUGGACAUUGACAUCCACCAUGGCGACGGCGUGGAGGAAGCAUUCUACCUUACAGACAGGGUGCUGACGGUCAGCUUCCACAAGUACGGCAACUACUUCUUCCCGGGUACGGGCGACCUGAAGGACAUCGGAGAGCGGCAUGGGAAGUUCUACUCGAUAAAUGUUCCCAUGAAGGACGGCACUGACGAUGCCACAUUCCACCGCCUCUUCAAGCCCAUCAUGGCCAAGGUCAUGGAGGUCUUCAGCCCUGGGGCGGUCGUGCUGCAGUGCGGCGCGGAUUCUCUGGCGGCUGACCGGCUUGGUUGCUUCAAUCUGAGCCUGGAGGGUCAUGCAGAAGCUGUGCGCUUCAUGAAGAAGUUCAACGUGCCCAUGCUUGUCACAGGAGGUGGCGGCUACACAAAGAACAAUGUCUCCCGGUGCUGGACAGCUGAGACUGCAGUCCUCGUGGACCAGAACAUUGCAGACGACCUGCCUCCCAACGAUUACUACGAGUACUACGCACCUGACUACAGGCUUCAUGUGACCCCUCACCGGCACAUGGACAACAACAAUGCAAAGCCGGACAUCGAGCGCAUAAAAAGGGAAGUGCUGGAGAACCUGCGCGAGCUGGCGCACACCCCCAGUGUGCAGAUGCAUGAGGCGCCGCCAGACACAUAUGUGCCGGAGUAUGACAUAGAGGAGGAAGAGAACGCUGAUGUACGACUGGGAAAGUAUGCAUGCGAUCACCUCGUUGUGCGAGAAACAGAGUACUACGAAGAUGACAGGGACCACUUCGGCGACUGAGGAUGCUUCAGUCAUAGUCACCGACCAUUAGUGGCGCUGGCAUUCUUGUAUGCAGAGAAUAGUCUGUCAAAACAGGGUGUUUGGGCUUCAGAUGUAUUGCGAUCGGGGGACUGCUUGUGCAUGCUGCAGACCUUCUUGUGAGGAGAUUUGCAUAUA